AUGGAAUACAAGACGCACAACAAUUGGAUCGGCUGGGUGAUGACUAAGGCGGGAUGGUCGUCGAGCAAAGUGACCCACAUCUUCCGCAGGUCCGGGGCGCAGGGUCUCAGCGACGACCGGUGCCCAGACGCCCUCAUUGCGAAGCUGGGAGGAUGGGAGCAGGGAGAGAUGCGGAGGUCGUACCUGUUGGGCGUGCCUUUCGAGCCGGUGCUUUUGAUGGCGGGCUUUUCUGGCGAUCCCGGGGACUACUACAUCGGCAGAGCACAUGCGAAACUAGAGGAUGAGCGCGAGUGGGAAGAACUUGAAGGAUUAUUCAGAAAGCACAUCUACCCGUGGCUCGAAGAGGAGAUGGCCAAGGAUGCCAUCUAUCGACUCCAAGGAACCCAGCAGAUGACCAAGCUGCGACUCCUAAACCAGGAGCUCAUGGAGAAUGCGGGGAGGCUGACGGCGGACAACGGGCAGUUGAGGAUGGAGAACAAGAGUCUCCACGAAGAGAAUGCGCUGCUGAAAGCGCAGAUGGCGGCGUUGCAACGGGAGUUUCGAGGCGACGACGCUCCGCCCUGUGCUGCGUCGAACGGAGGGGCCGCCGAUCCAAAGACGGAGGUUUGCGACGCGAAGCCCGACGCGGAAACUCAAGAACAAGAGGAUCGGAGGAUGUUUUUCGCGGCUGUCGUCAACCCAUGGCUCAAAUCACACAAGGUCUCAGAGGCGUGGAAGCUAUGGGACAUGGGCACUGGUAUGAUGGGCGGCACGUCCCUCCGCGAACUGGCGAAGGCUGAUGACUUUCUCGCAACCUACUCCAAGUAUGGAGACCCGAAUGUCUUAACAAACUCGCGUUCCAAGCGGUUGGGGCGGAGGAGGAAUCAGAUGCUCACCAUCGACAGUCUGCGACCCGAUGACUCCGAAGCCGCGACCGCAUAUGCGUUGGCUCUCGGUGACUGGUUGCUAUCACAGUCAUCGGAUAGCGCUAUUGGGGACGGGAAUGUGGUCAGUGUCUUGCAAAAGAGAAAGCGAGAGGUGGCGGGAGAGGACGGGAUCAGCGUGAACGAGAGUUCACGCAACAGGAUUGUCUACCUUCUCGUGGACGCAAAGGCACGCGAUGAGGCUUGGGCGGAGUCGGUCGUGGGAGCGGACGCAUGGCCUCGCAUCAGGGCUAGGGAGGCUGGGCAGAUGGCGAAGAAACGGAGGAAGCAUCACAUUCCCCCUCCGGAGCCUUAUGUUGGGGAUCGCUCGUGA